CUGCUUCGGUAUUAUAUGUAUGUAUGUACUGUUAUCUGCUUCAGAGAGCGCGAUGGUGUGUUACUUCGGGUCGUGGGCAACGUACAGGUAUAGCGACGGCAAGUUUGACGUGGAAAACAUUGAUCCCAGCAUCUGUACCCAUGCUGUGUACGGCUUCGCUGGCCUCAACACCAACAAUACUAUAGCGGUGUUGGACCCGUAUAAUGACCUGUGCGACAACUACGGCAAGUGCGGCUACAAUAAGUUCACAGGUUUGAAGGACCAAAAUGCUGCCCUGUUAACCCUGCUGGGUGUGGGAGGCUGGAACGAAGGAUCUACCAAAUACUCCUAUAUGGCAUCAACUGCUGCCAAUAGACAAACAUUCAUAGAGUCCACCAUACGGCUGCUACUUUUACACAACUUCGAUGGUAUUGACUUCGACUGGCAGUACCCUACACUGCGAGGAGGGGUGGCCGCUGACAGGGUGAGUCAGGCCCUCUUUAUUCAAAUUCAAAGUUUAUUCUCUAAGGAUUACAAUGCUGAGUUUACAGAAUUUGGUUAUUGUGUGGUUUACAUGUAGUAAAAUAAUAAUUGC